AUGUGUACGGGAAGACGCCUGGAACAACCUACAAAGGCUGCGUCCAUAGCUGGAAGCACUGAAACUCUCGAUGGGUUCAAUGAUAUCGAGAUCCCAGAUAUUGACGAGCAAAAGAGGAGAAGGUCAUCCAAAAAUCUCUCCAUAAUUCUAGUGAGCAUAUUCAUAGCGUGGCUAAUACUCUUUAUGGGUGUAACAAUCUACCAAAUCAGGAGCUACAAGAGAUUUGUCCUCAGGAGAGACGUGAAACAAAUCCUCGAUGAGGAGCUGGAGACUAUAGAAGAAAGCAAAAGGAGAGAAAUAACGAAGUCAGUUUUGAAACGUCUUGAUGGAUCCUCGAUCACAAUGUUCGUGCAACCCGGGUUCGAGAGCUUGAGGGAGAUUAGAGCAGCUGAAAUUGAGGAGCUUGCCAAUGUCGAAACAAAGGUAGAGUCGUUUAUGAAAUCAAAAUCAUUCAAUUUAGCUGAAAGGUACGAGGACCUAAAAUUUGAAAAGGUUAACCAGAACUGUUACAGAAAAGAUUUCAUUAGAUAUAAUAUUUUAAACAGCGGAGUAGAUUGCAGACUUGUGGUAAAAACAUCAAACAUAGGAGCGGGGUCCAGUGAAAAUUCUGGAAAAUGUGCAACUACAUACUAUUGGAUAUACAACAGUCCUUCAAAAAAUGAAACAAAGAUAUACAGCUUAGGUCCCUACUACGGGCAUCACUAUGUCACCGUAAGCGAGUCAUUGUUUGAUAAAGAAAGUAAAUCUGGAUCAUUAACACUCUUUGGCUGUCAACCCCCCUUGGAUAAAUACGAAACGAGCGAUGAGCCAAAAAGAAUCCAAUCACUAAUAAAAGUAAAUGCCAUUAUAACCCCAAACUCAUAUAAAUCGAAAGAUUUCAAAAAAUUUCAAAUAGAUUUGGAUAAAUUAGCCAGAGAAGAAAUUUCGAAAAUAAAUAAAACGAUCGAUGAACUUCAUUACGAUCGGGAAUCUGUACGUGAUUACACAACUCUAAAAGAAGCAACGAGCUGCAUCUAUUCAUUAUAA